UCUAGUCUUUUGACGGCUGACCCGCUUGCUUGAAAACGUUUUUUUGAUAGAGUUGUAUCCAUAAAAAAGUAUGGAAGAAGCUGAUUAUCGUGAAAGAGAAACCCAGUAGUAAAAAUGGUGUGAAAGAAAAAAAAAUUACGAGAAAAGGUGAGGGAGGGGGGAAAAGCAAUUAAACUGAACAACAAAAGUGGGUUUACUUUCUUUGCCCCUUCCUCGCUAUUCAUCUUCCUGUCUCCACAGAUUUCCGUCAUCAAUUUGGGGUUUUGAUUCUCUCUCUCUCUCGUUCGGGCUCUACGAGUUUUUGCUCUGGUUGAAGAUGGGUUUGAAACCAGCUGUUUGAUCGAUCCAAUUCCUGUCUAUCCCAUUAUUUAUCAUCCCAUCCAGUUUAGAAGAUGGAUGACAGUACACAUAGAGAGAACGGAAGGCCUAAACAGCCGCCAAAUCAGUGGAUGGUGCAUCAUCAGCCAUCAAUGAAGCAAAUAAUGGCAAUUAUGGCUGAAAGAGAUGCAGCCGUUCAAGAAAGAAACAUGGCCAUAUCUGAGAAAAAACAGGCACUUGCAGAACGCGACAUGGCUAUAAUGCAACGCGAUUCAGCAAUAACAGAACGCAACAACGCGAUCAUGGAACGCGACAAUGCAAUCGCAGCUCUUCAGUACAGAGAAAGCGGAGGGAGUGGAAACAUUUCUCAUUUAUGCCCACCUGUAGUAAAACACAUGCACCAUCCUCAUCAGGAUUCUUCCAAUUCAACUGCAUAUGUGUGUUCUUCUUCUUCCAAGGACCUCCAUAUUGAUGAGGUGCAGCCUGCCAAACCUAAACGCGGUAAUAAACGAACUAAGGAGGCUAAAACAACAACGACCAAUAAGAAACCUUCAAAAUCAUCUAGAAAGGUGAAGAGGGAAGGAGAAGAUUUGAACAAGAUGAUAACUAAGCCAAAACCGAACUGGAAGGAUCAGAAUCUGGGGCUGAACCAGAUUGCUUAUGAUGAAACAACGAUGCCUGUCCCAGUUUGUUCUUGCACAGGUGUUCUAAGGCCAUGCUACAAAUGGGGUAAUGGAGGUUGGCAAUCUUCGUGUUGUACAAUGACAUUGUCUAUGUAUCCACUUCCAGCUGUUCCGAAUAAGCGUCAUGCUCGGGUUGGAGGGAGGAAGAUGAGUGGAAGUGCGUAUACAAAGCUAUUGAGUCGCCUGGCAGGUGAAGGAUUUGAUCUAGCAAAUACGGUUGAUUUGAAGGAACAUUGGGCCAAACAUGGGACAAAUCGUUACAUUACCAUCAAGUAGACUCAAUCAAAACAAAGGUAUUUUCUUUCAACCUGUUGGACGAAGAAAAAAAAAUGAUUUCUUCUUUGCAGAAAUGGAAUAAACCGAAAUCAUUAAAAGUAGUGUAAUUUUGCCUUAUUUAUCCUUCCAAAUUUAUUGACAUUGUAGUUUUCAUUA